AUGAAAAUGGAUUGGAGAACAAGUAGUAUAGUUUCCGUUGUAAUUCGUUGCAAUAAGAUAACACACGACUACAAAAAUGAAAACUUUUGUUGCUCUGCUUGCCUUAGUGGCUGUGACUUGUGCCGCCCCCGCUGGACCCCUCGUACAGAUCCUCAAGUAAAUGAACCAGGAGUCAUUCUUCCUCACCCUGCUAUGCCCUUGCCUAUCCCUGACGGCAUCGUUCUCCCAGCACCAGCUCUUCCCAUUCCUUAUAAGAAGGCUUAG